CUUUAUCUAACGACCCUGUCUGAAUCCACGAGAGAUUCACCAGUGAUGGAGUCAACCUCGCCGUUUGCAUUCCUUCGAGUCCUCGAGGCUUUGAAGAAUAUCCAGCGUAAGGGUUGGGCAAAGCGGGGAAUUCAGUCCCCAGAAAGCGUGAGUGAUCACAUGUAUCGUAUGGCUGUGAUGGUUUGGAUGAUUCCCAAGGUACGUUCACAGAGGACAAUUCACAAAAAGCCCUACUGCCAACUACUAGAUUGACAAUGAAACUCGAAUGCGAGCGGUCAAGAUGGCAUUGGCCCAUGAUAUGGGCGAAGCGAUUGUUGGAGAUAUCACUCCGUCAGAUGGCGUUCCAAGAGACGAGAAGCUGCUCAAAGAACGCCUCGCCCUUGCCUACCUUGCAUGCCUCAUCAGACCGGUGAAUCCAUCUUUUGCCGAUGAAAUAGAGGAACUUUGGUCAGAGUUUGAAGCUGGUGAUAGCAAAGCAGCGCAGUUGGUCCGCAGUGUCGAUGCUCUAGAGUGUAUGCAUCAGGCUGUUGUAUAUGAAGAACGCUCGCAACUGGUGAAGGACCUUGGCGAAUUCAUGGAACUGGAGACAAAAGUUAGUGCGCCAGAGCUCAGAGACUGGGUUAAGUGUUUACAGCAAGAGAGGGACACACUGUGGUCUUCCAAAGUGACACAGGAUCUGACCUUCUUGUUUGUCCUGGGAGGCCCUGGCGUAGGGAAGGGAACGCAAUGUGCUCGAAUUACUCAGGGCACAUCCUCUGUGCACAUUUCAGUGGGUGAUCUCCUUCGUGAAGAAACAAAGUCUACCUCGUCUGGGUUCGCCGACUUUAUCAAGGACAGCAUCAGAAACUCAGUCAUCAUUCCGGCAGAUUUUUCAGUACGUCUAAUACAAAAGCGAAUUGAAGAAUCUCAAAUGGAAAAAGGUUCCAUUGUUAUUUUGGAUGGAUUUCCGAGGAGCUUAGACCAGGCCCGUACUUUUGAGGAAAAGGUUGUCAGUUUCGAUACGACAUCAAACUCCUACUUACUGUCAAUUAUAGAUCCGAGGAAGAUUCUUUACCAUACUUCUGAAAUGCUCAGAAGAAGUUCAGCUAUAUCGCUUAAACCGACGCUCGGAGUCAUCUGGCCGGAUUGACGAUAAUGACGACUCCAUAAAGAAACGUUUACGAACAUUCUCUCAGGAGAACUUGAAAAUUGAAAAGUAUCUUCAAAGCAAGGGUCCAUUUUGGACGGUAUGUAACCUGCAGAUAGAGUAUUCGCCAGGCUAACUAGCAAAAGAUCGAUGCUAAUGGUUCUGUCGACGACGUGUACGCUUCUAUCAAGGUUGUUGUGGACGAGAUCACGAAAGUUGCAAGUCAAUAAAAUGAGAACCACUGUUGCGCACAAACAAUGCGGUGCCAUGUCGGUCUUUCCUCUUUACGGCCGGAAAUUUUAUUCCGAUCUGUUGACGACAUAUACGCUUCUGUCAAUGCUGUUCUUGGAGGAAUAAUUCGCGAUGCGGUUGCGUUGACCAUCUCGUACUGAACUCGGACAGCUAUCCGAUCAAUAUGAUGCUUACUAGACCCAUCAGUGCCGUUGCCCUACUUUUGUACUUUGCACCAUCCAGGCCGCAGCGGCGCCCGGUGACAAUGGGCAUCUAUUGGAUUUGCGGCAAAAUGUGAUAAACUUGCCGCAGUAGAGUCUUCAACCAAACCUUCCAGGACUGGCCGGAGUGCCACGCGGGGGCUUUAGUUCCACAGCCUGUCCGUUGGCACCCGCAGUCCAGGUCUUAGCAAGCCGCUCUGCCACACGGACAGCCUCUGUUGAAUUCGCCGCUUUUCCGGCUUGUUCGAGACGCGUCGCGAAUUGCAAGGUCCAAUACCGGCAUCCGUUGCCGUCGGCAUCGAAGGUAUAUUUGUCAAGGCCGUUGGUCCUGAUAAGAUUUAGGAUAUCCUUAACCGUCAGACCUUGAAUAGGGUUCAGAGUAACAUAGAACAAGCCGUGGUCCGUUACAGUAUAUUGCUUUAGUGUGACUUCGAGUCGAAGUUUGUUCGUCAUUGGAGCGGGGCCCGGGUUGACGUGGAGUGAUUGCGAAGGACUGAUCUGGAGGAAAAAGGCCCAAUGAUUGGUGUACUUAGUGGGCGGGUCAUCGAUAUCAUGUGGGGGAUAGCACACGAAGUAGAUCUUUUGUACCACGGCAUUUACAUGAGCCUGCUGAAGUUGGGGAGGUGUCCAUAUAAUGCCGGCAGGGGUCGAGGCCUGUUUUGGAGGCAUGCUGAAAGCUUCGGCGCCGGGACCCGAGGAGUAAACAACAGUCGACAGGAUGAAGCGGAGGAUUGGAUUGGUAAGAGAGCCCUAAAGAGAUAGACGACCUGAUAGUGUGGUCCAGAGGGUGUUGUAUCUGCCAUGAGAAUGGGAAGGCGAGGCAUAUAUACCUUGCGGCUCAUCGCAACGGAGCCUUUGUGCCAUGACAUGGUAUCAGCUCGGAAGCCUGGUAGAGCGAUAACCCCUGCUGUUUGACAUUCGAAGCACGAGACGCGGUCUGUUGGGCGGUAAAUGCAGCAGGGCUUAGCGGGCA